UCAAAUAUCCCGUCCUGUAGCUCCUGCUUCAUCUUCCUCUGCCAUUGCCCGCUCCAUAGCCCAGAGCUAAAACCCCUUCAAAAUCUCUUCCUUGUCUUCCUUCAACACAGAGGAAGAAUGUCUCUUCUUCAAAUUCAGACUCCUAAUCCGUUCACCAACAGCAAAACCAUCUCUUCAUCUUAUCCCAAACCACCUUUCCUUCCUCUUCUGCAAGCUUCCUCCUCCUCCUCAUCAUCAUCAUCUUCUUCUUCUUCUACUUCUGUUAAACCCCGCCAUGAAAAAUCUCUGCUUUCUUCUUCUCCUGCUUCCUUUUCUUCCGUUGGGAGCAGACCCUUUUCGCUUUCUGCACAGCCUAGGAGGUUGCUCUGCAGACCGCCUCAGGGGAAGUACGUCAGAGAGGACUACCUUGUGAAAAAACUGUCGGCUCAGGAGGUUCAGGAUCUGGUACGGGGAGAGAGAAAUGUGCCGCUCAUUAUCGAUUUCUAUGCGACGUGGUGUGGACCGUGCAUUUUAAUGGCUCAAGAACUUGAAAUGCUUGCUGUGGAAUAUGAGAACAAUGCAAUGAUCGUAAAAGUUGAUACUGAUGAUGAGUACGAGUUCGCUAGGGACAUGCAGGUAAGGGGCUUGCCAACUCUUUAUUUUAUCAGCCCAGAUCCAAACAAAGAAGCAAUUCGGACAGAAGGUCUUAUUCCAAUUCAGAUGAUGCGAGACAUCCUUGACAACGAGAUGUGAAGAAGCAACACAACAAAUUCAAUGCCCUAUAUAUCUUCCUCGGUUGGACUAGCCAGUCUGCAGGUCCACUUGUUCUUAGGCAGAUGCAGGUCUUGUUCACUGCCUUGUAUUGUUAAGGAAUGUACAAUCAAAUGUGGAUAAAAAACAGCAGGGAAUCUCAAGUAACUAUGGGGUGAAGGUAUCCAAAUGAAACUGCAUCUCAGAUUUUGAUCAUUAGAUAAGUAUUUCUAAAGAAUUUAAACUGGGAACGUGGGAUUUUCUUUGUUUAUUUUUAUUUUUGUCUGUUUUGCUAUUAUUUGGUUAUGGGAAAUGGGGAUUCCAGUUGAAUGUACCAUUGACAUAUAUAGUACUUUGUUUUUCGAAAUCUACUUGUUCAGUUGUAGCUUUGUGUUGC